AUGGGGCGUAUUGAGUUGGCGUCUUUCAUCUCACAAAUGCACCUCUGCUUCAAACGGGCUGCCCAGUUUCCACCGCUUCUUCUCGACUACAAAGUGAGACAGAAGCCACAUCUGUGGAGGUGGUACCACUGUAAGUACCACCGUAAGUACCACCGUAAGUACCACCGUAAGUACCCCUGUAAGUACCACCGUAAGUACCACCGUAAGUACCACCGUAAGUACCACCGUAAGUACCACCGUAAGUACCACCGUAAGUACCACCGUAAGUACCACUGUAAGUACCACCGUAAGUACCACCGUAAGUACCACCGUAAGUACCACCGUAAGUACCACCGUAAGUACCACUGUAAGUACCACCGUAAGUACCACCGUAAGUACCUAGAAUACCACCGUAAGUACCACCAUAAGUACCACCGUAAGUACCACUGUAAGUACCACUGUAAGUACCACCGUAAGUACCACCGUAAGUACCACCGUAAGUACCACCGUAAGUACCACCGUAAGUACCACUGUAAGUACCACUGUAAGUACCACCGUAAGUACCACCGUAAGUACCACCGUAAGUACCACCGUAAGUACCACUGUAAGUACCACUGUAAGUACCACCGUAAGUACCACCGUAAGUACCACCGUAAGUACCUAGAAGUACCACUGUAA